AUGGAAAUAGUCUGGGAGGUGCUCUUUCUUCUUCAAGCCAAUUUCAUCGUCUGCAUAUCAGCUCAACAGAAUUCACCAAAAAUCCAUGAAGGCUGGUGGGCGUACAAGGAGGUGGUCCAGGGAAGCUUUGUUCCAGUUCCUUCUUUCUGGGGAUUGGUGAACUCAGCUUGGAAUCUUUGCUCCGUGGGGAAACGGCAGUCGCCAGUCAACAUAGAGACCAGCCACAUGAUCUUCGACCCCUUUCUGACGCCGCUUCGCAUCAACACUGGGGGCAGGAAGGUCAGUGGGACCAUGUACAAUACUGGAAGACACGUGUCUCUGCGCCUGGACAAGGAGCACUUGGUCAACAUAUCAGGAGGGCCCAUGACAUACAGCCACCGGCUGGAGGAGAUCCGGCUACACUUUGGGAGUGAAGAUAGCCAAGGGUCAGAGCACCUCCUCAACGGACAAGCCUUCUCUGGGGAGGUGCAGCUCAUCCACUAUAACCAUGAGUUGUAUACAAAUGUCACAGAAGCUGCAAAGAGCCCGAAUGGAUUGGUGGUAGUUUCUAUAUUUAUAAAAGUUUCUGAUUCAUCAAACCCAUUUCUUAAUCGAAUGCUCAACAGAGAUACUAUCACAAGAAUAACAUAUAAAAAUGAUGCAUAUUUACUACAGGGACUUAAUAUAGAAGAACUGUAUCCAGAGACCUCUAGUUUCAUUACUUAUGAUGGGUCGAUGACUAUCCCACCCUGCUAUGAGACAGCAAGUUGGAUAAUAAUGAACAAGCCUGUCUAUAUAACGAGGAUGCAGAUGCAUUCCUUACGCCUGCUCAGCCAGAAUCAGCCAUCUCAGAUCUUUCUGAGCAUGAGUGACAACUUCAGGCCCGUCCAGCCCCUCAACAACCGCUGUAUCCGCACCAACAUCAACUUCAGUUUACAGGGGAAGGACUGUCCAAACAACCGGGCCCAGAAGCUUCAGUAUAGAGUAAAUGAAUGGCUCCUCAAGUAGGGAACUAGCCCAAGAAGAAUUCCAUCUCAGUGAAAUGCUACAACUGUGAACUGACGUAACCUGGAAUGUCCCCUUCUUUCUUCUCUCUCCUUCCCUUUUCUCAAGCCUCAUUCACUCUUUGGAUUGGCCCCAUCUUCAUGAAAAGUGUCUGCAAAACCAUGGCAGAAGACACACACACACACACACACAUACAUACGCACACACCUGCAAACAUAUCUACACACAUACAUGCACAGCCUUCAAGAUCAGAAGUCAAGUUUUCAGAAACAAAAGGCUCAUUCAUGAGAGGUCUUAGAAGAAAAUAACCAGUUAACCUGAUUACAAUUUUGAUACUGUUUUCCUGAACUAAAAAAUCUACCCAAUGAGACUUUUCAGCCUUUGUACAUACAGAAUUCUUCCAAAAGAGAGAGGAGAAAACAUGGCUUUGACAGCAUCAAGCAGACUUUGUGCUUUGCAUCGAGUAAUCUCAGUGUCCUAGGAUCCUUGGAGGGUGCUGGUGGCAGGUGAACCAGGACAGAGUUGGCCAAGGACACUUAUUUCUAGAUUCUGAUUCUUCUGUUUACUCAACAAUUUAAAAAGAAAAAAAAGGACAGACAUUGAAGAGAUACACAUUGUAUAUAUAUACCACCGCAGACUAUAAAGAAAUUGAAUUAUUUCCCCUUUGUCACAUAUCUG